AUGCCCAAUGGAAAAGUUUAUUAUGAAGCUGAAAGGAUUUUAGAUGAGAAAUUGAUGGGGGAUGAACUGUAUUAUUCUAUUAAAUGGAAAGGAAUUGAUGAAAGUGGAAAGCCUUGGGCCCCAACAUGGCCACUUAUUGAAUCUUGGGAACAACAAAAACGAGCCGCUAAAAGAAAGAUGAGAUCACCAACUUUACCACCACCCGGAAAAAUAUUAUCACCCAAAAAAGAAGGAAGGAAGGUGUCAAAAAUAAUUGGGGGUUCCAACAGCGGAAAUGAAACUGUCCUUUCUCAAGUCGAUGGUGGGAAUAGGUCUGAAACCCUCAUGAUGAUUGACUCAUCAAGCAAUGAAAAUAAAAUGACACCACCUUCUUCAAUACAUUCUAAAAUAAAACCAAUGACAAAUGGUCAAGACGGUGACAAUCCACUGGCAUGUCAGAUACCAUCGAUGCAUCGUUUAUCUCAUAGCCAGCUGGAUGUCAUGAUUCCUGUACCAUUAUCAUUGAUGCAACAAAAAGUAUAUCGUAAAAUUAUAUCUGCACCUCAUUUAACUCGAUCCCUUGCUCAAGCUUCGGUACCUUUACCUCUGAAUUCCCCAAUUUUACUAGCCAAAGAGCAAUUACUUAUGGUUGUUAAUCAUCUAUCAUUGCUUUUAUCUUCAAAUGAGUCUAAUAAUUGGAUAAAAGAUGUCGAUCAUACCGGAAAACUUGUAAUGAUACGGCAAUUAUUAAAAAUGUUAAGGCAUAAGAACCUUGCUAUCGGCAUUUCAAUUCCUCCAGGAUUAAUGACGGAUAUUUUUAUAGACUUUUUGGAAUCAAAUGGUCAUCGAUACAGAUUUAUUAACGAUCCUUCAAUUAAGCAUGAUACCAGUAAACAACCAGCUACAGAAUUUUCUCAUAAUGGCUUAAUGUGUUUUAUAUUUUCAACAGCCUUGCAAAACACAGAUAUUGAGUUACCACCCCUUGACCUUAUGAUUGCAUAUGACACAAAUUUCGUUCCAGAAUCGAAAUUCGCUCAAUCUGUGUCCAAUAUGAACAUUCCGGUUAUCAGACUUGUUACCAAAAAUACUAUAGAACAUGCAAUGAGUUACCAAAUGUUGAUAGAGAAAAAGACUCUUUCAAAUUUGACGCUUUCAGAAUUAAAAAAGGCUAUAACUUAUGGUGCAUGGAAAAGACAUCAGUUUAUUGUACCUGGUUGUGAAGUGGCGCAAUUUGAUAUCAAAGGUGUAUGCGAAAAGAUUGAAAAUUGGUUAGAUGAAGGAAAGCUAAGGAUUUUAAAUUUUGGAAUGGACGCUGCCAUUGAGAAAAAUUGGGACAGGAGUACAUAUGCCGGAGGAUUGUCUGUGUCACCAGGAAGCUCAGAAAAAAGAAUUUGCAUUGAUGUAGGAAUUAGCAAGAGAAAAAAGGUUAAAGAAACGGCUUCUAACGAGGAUGAUCUAAAAGCUAAGAAAAUAAAAAUUUCAACUGAUUUAAAUAAAGUUGAAGAAGAUCCAAUAAUUAAAGUUGAAGAUCCAGAAAUUGGAAUUAAUCAAUUGGGAAAUGAACCGCCAACUCUUAAUUCACCCAAUCAUAUAAAUUCACCAGUGCCCGAAUCCUCUAGGCGUGUAAAUACACCAACGCUCGGAUCAACCAAAAUUUCAAGUAAAUCUCCUAAUCGUUCGAAUACAGUGUUUCGAUCCCCUAGACGUUUAUUUACAUCACCACGAGAACCACCUAAGCAAUUGAGCGAUAAAGCUUCAGGAAAAUUAGUAUCUGAUCCUGUGGAAAGGUCAAAUACUUCGGCAAAAGAGCAGAAAGAACAAAAUGAAACACCAGAAGAUUGGAAACAAAAAUUCAUUGAUCUGUGUAGUAAAUCCACACAACGUGAAGAAAUCAUAAACAAUCUUCAGGAGGACAAUAGCAAGUCUCGGGACUUAAUCAAUGAACUUAGUGCAGAACUUGCUAGCACCAGAAGGCAAUUGGGUGAGCUCCAAGGACAACGACGAAAACAGCAAGAACAGCAAAGCAGUGAAGCAUCACGCGAAUUAGCAAACGUCCGGAAGGAGUUGGCAGAUUUAAAAGGUCGAACUACAUUGGCUGGUAAAACCAUUAAACGAACAGAAUCGAUGGAUGAACAGAUAAGAGUGUUAACUGAAGAAAAUGAGAGCCUAAAACAGAAAUUUUACCUCCAGGAACAUCUUCAUGAACAACAUAUAAAGAUUGCCAAUGAAAACAUAGAACAAUCAGAAGCUAUAAAAAAUCUUUUGAUGAAUCUUCAAGGCAAGACUGAAGUUGAUGUGAAGGUGAUGUUGGAUGAACAAAAACAAGACCAGCAUUCUGUUAAAAGUCACGAUAGUACCAGCAAUAUUAGUAACGAUACAGUGAACCAGACAACAAAAAAUAGUAACGGAAGUGCUUCCAAGUUGUCAGUACCUAUUAAUAUAUUUCCACCUACAACCACUGCUAAUGCAUUUAAAAUAUUUUGA